AUGUCUUGGUUUCUUACAAUUUUGUUUCUCACUCUCACAUUUGGUAUUAAUCUUUCAGAAGCAAAACAUGUCAACAAGAAGGUUCAUCCUUCACCUGUUGUAGUUGGUAAUGUCUUCUGUGACACAUGUUUUCAACAAACUUUCUCUCAAAAAAGCCGCUUCAUUUCAGGUGCAUCAGUAGCUGUUGAAUGCAAACUAGGAAAAACAAAACAAAGAUUCUACAAAGAAGUGAAGACUAAUGAACAAGGAAAAUUCAAAGUGAAACUACCUUUCUUAGUGAAAAAAAAUGUGAAGAGAAUCAAAGGGUGUAAUUUCAAGUUGUUAAGUAGCAAUGAACCAAAUUGUGCUAUUGCUUCAACUUCCACUUCAUUUUCAUUAACCCUAAAGAAAAAGUUGCAAGAUGAACACAUUUUUUCAGCUGGAUUUUUCUCAUUCAAGCCUAUAAAAAAGCCAAAAUUUUGUGACCAAAAUAAAGAUAGUAUUCAAAACCCUAAGAAAAAUGAAGUUGAAGAUUUUUUCUUUUUUCCUCCCAACCCUUUGAAUCCACCUUUGGUUCCUAAUCCAUUUCAACCACCUUUGAUUCCUAACCCUUUUACACCACCACCAUUGAUUCCUAAUCCUUUUCAACCACCUAGUCCACCAUUGAUUCCAAAUCCAUUUCAACCACCAAGUCCACCACCAUUUUUACCUAAUCCAUUUCAACCUCCUCCAUCAAGUCCUCCACCUCUCAUUCCAAAUCCAUUUCAGCCUCCACCAUCAAGUCCACCACCUUUCUCUCUUUUUCCACCAAUAGUAGUACCAGGUAUAACUCCAUCACCGCCACCACCGCCACCACCAAAAUCAAUUUUACCAUUUCCUUUUCCUCCACUAUUCCCACCUCCUCAUAGCCCUGGCUCACCCCCUACUUCCUCAACAAAAUCUUCUCCUUGA